CCGCCCCACCGCCUCAUGCGGUCCGCCAUUGGCCUCAGCGACUUGCCAGGUCCGCCUUCACGCGCGCCAAUUGGGCGCCAUGUUGGGAAGGUCGUGUCGCUGACGCCCUGCCCCUCCCUGCUUUGGCUACGCAAUACUUCCGGGUGCGCGUCGCUUCCCUAUGGUCCGCUUCCGGCCCGGCCCGCUGCGGCCGCCUGCUUCCUGUAUUUGGUUUGGACAGCGUCCGACCCGGAGCCCCUGAGCACCGCCCCUUGACCCGGCGUCCCUGGACACCCCUCCGUGUGAGCUCGGCCUCAUGGCCGGAGCCCGGCUCUUUCGGUUCCGGGACGAGCCAGGCCCCGGAGCCGACCCGGCCGUGCUGGAGGUCCGCGUCCCGCAGGUCCUGCAUGUCCAGUAUGGGAUGUAUGUUUGGCCCUGCGCUGUAGUCCUGGCCCAGUACCUGUGGUUUCACAGAAGAGUUCUGCCAGGCAAAGCUGUCUUAGAGAUUGGAGCUGGAGUGAGCCUUCCAGGAAUUUUGGCUGCCAAAUGUGGUGCUAAAGUAACACUAUCUGACAGCCCAGAGCUUCCUCAUUGUCUGGAUAUUUGUUGGCAAAGUUGCCAGAUGAAUAACCUGCCACAGGUGCAAAUUGUAGGACUGACAUGGGGCCACAUAUCAAAGGACACUUUGUCAUUGCCACCACAAGACAUCAUUCUUGGAUCUGAUGUUUUCUUUGAACCAGAAGACUUUGAAAGCAUUUUAGCCACAGUAUACUUUCUGAUGCAGAAGAAUCCCAAAGUUCAAUUCUGGUCUACAUACCAGGUCAGAAGUGCUGACUGGUCACUGGAAGGCUUGCUCUACAAGUGGGAUAUGAGAUGUGUGCACAUUCCUCUGGAGUCUUUUGAUGCAGACAAGGAAGAUAUAGCAGAGUCUACCCUUCCAGGAAGACAUACUAUUGAAAUGCUGAUCAUCUCCUUUGCAAAGGAUAGUUCCUGAAUGAAUUAUACCUCAAGCUAUUCUGGGACAAUGUCUAAAUAACAUGGCAUAAAGAUGAAUUAUCUUGAGAAAACUCAGCGGGUGCAAGUCUUAAUGCUGUGAUGUCAUGCCUACGGCAACAUUUAACUUCAACAAAAUUAAACAUUGAAAAGGA